AUGAAAAUCAAAGACAUACCUGAAGGUCUUGGCAAAGAAAACAUUCGAAAGAGCGAAUGUGAUGAAGAUGAAGUAGAUUUUGAGGAUAAUGUCAGGAUGACGUGUGUUGAACGAAUUAAUAAAGGUUCUGAAAGCAUUGAACGAAUGACCCGCAAGAUUGAUUCUGUCGAUAAAUUUGAUGAAAAUGAACUGAAUAAGGAUCUUGAAACGGCGAAACCAGAAGUAGGUGAUGUAAGUGAAGAUAAAGGUAAAGAUGCAAACGUCGCCGAAGCUAAUGAAGUUG